CGUUUCUUAUCUUGUUUUCUUCGUUUUCUCUCGCGAAAUACGGGAGAGAGCAACGACAGAGAGGUAGGGAAAGGAGGAGAGGCGAUGGAGGUGUCGACGGCGAUGUGGACGGCGGCGAUUGUCGGGGCGGUGGUGGUGUACUGGUUUGUGUGGGUGAUGGGAGCGGCGGAGGUGAAGGGGAAGCGGGCGGUGAACCUGAAGAUGGGGUCGAUCACGCGGGACAAGGUGCAGGACAACUACAAGCAGUAUUGGUCCUUCUUCCGCCGCCCCAAGGAGGACAUCGCCGCCGCCGACGACGACGACAACGUCCCCGCCUUCGUCGACACCUUUUACAACCUUGUCACCGACAUUUACGAGUGGGGCUGGGGCCAGUCCUUCCACUUCUCCCCCUCCAUCCCCGGUCGCUCCCACCGCGACGCCACCCGCCUCCACGAGGAACGCGCCGCCGACCUGAUCGCCGCCCGCCGUGGCCUCCGCGUCCUUGACGUAGGCUGCGGCGUCGGCGGGCCCAUGCGUGCCAUCGCCGCUCACUCGGGUGCCCACGUCGUCGGCAUCACCAUCAACGAGUACCAGGUCGCCCGCGCCCGCACCCACAACCGAAAGGCUGGCCUCGACGACCGCUGCGAGGUCAUCUGCGGCAACUUCCUCGAGAUGCCCUUCGCCGACGCCUCUUUCGACGGCGCUUACUCCAUCGAGGCCACUUGCCACGCCCCCCGCCUCGAGGAUGUCUACCGCGAGGUCUUCCGGGUGCUCAAGCCCGGGGCCCUCUACGUGUCCUACGAGUGGGUGACCACCGCACUCUACAGGGCGGACGACCCCGCCCACGUCCAUACCAUCCGCGGGAUCGAGGCGGGCGACGCCCUGCCGGGGCUCCGUGCGCAGCACGAGAUCGCGGAGGUGGCGCGGCAGGUGGGCUUCGAGGUGGCGGAGGAGCGCGACCUGGCGCUGCCCCCAGCGGGGCCGUGGUGGACUCGCCUCAAGAUGGGGCGGAUCUCCUACUGGCGGAACCACCUGCUCGUCUCCGCCCUCACCGCCCUGCGAGUCGCCCCCAAGGGCGUGGUGGAGGUGCACGAGAUGCUCUACGAGACGGCGCGCCACCUCAGCGACGGCGGCGAGUCCGGCAUCUUCACCCCCAUGCACAUGAUCCUUUGCCGGAAGCCGCUCGCCGCUCCUCCGCCCUCGUCCUAAUUAACUAAACUCGGAAUCCGGCGGACGGCUCCACCGGAGUCGGUCGUUUGGGGCGGGUGGUUACAGCUGGGCUUAGUUGGCGAGGGCGUCGGUUAGUGGUGGGAAGAGUCCCAUUCGGUGCGGUAACGCUGUCAACAAGAAACAUUUCAACACUAAAGGUAAAGGUGGGAGGGGGGCGGUUUCCCUUUUCCGAUUUGGCCGUUUGUUUGUUCCUCGAUCUCGAAUCUUCUGGCAGAGGGGAAAGGGGACGUGAUGUGUGGAGUGGCGGUGGAAAAGUAUGCAUGAUCGCUUUCCUCGCAGCACGGAAUAUUUGUAUUACAUGUAAUACAUAUGCCAUCAUGCGUCUGCACCGCUGGAAAACAUUUAAUACACAUCCACUGCUGAACCACUGGUACCACUUUGUACGGUCUGCACAGUUAUAGGAUCGGAAUCAGUCCGAUGGAUUAAAUGAAAACAAUUAACCCUUCAUCAAAUCAUUAUUAUAGAAAUUUAUGUAUUUCGCAUCUUGGAAUUAGAAACUUAUAUUUGGCUUA